AUGAGUGAAGAACCGAAAGAUAUCGAAAGCAAGGUUGACAUUAACGUUGAAUCCCAAGAAUCCGAGAAUCUGGCUUUGGAGAAAGCCGAAGUUAUCGAGCUUCUACCCAAUCUCUUCACGCUUCUUCAGCAGCUAGAAAAGGGUGAAUUGCAGCCAAAAGACUUUGACAACCACGCUGGCACAAUUCGUAUGAAACUCAAUGAAAUGAGGCAACUUCUUCUGGAGAUUGAUGGUAUAUGUGAGCCUGUGUCUGACAGAUUGGAAAAGAUUGACGCUAUAAGGGAAAGUAACCUUAGGAAGAAAGAGUUCAUUCAGGCCUUCCACGAAAGAGUGAAGCUGGAUAUAGGGAAAGACAGUUGA